AUGGACUUUUCGCAGAUGCAAACGCCACCUCCAACGAGGGACGCUUCGUCUAGGAGGAGUGUGCAACAAAGUGGACAUGGGGUGGCAACACCAGCUACGGUAGUGCACAGGACGCCCAGCCAACUGCCGGAAUCCUCAGGAGCUCUGUUUGAUCAGACACCGUUUGGCUUCGCUGAUCUGCAGUACACUCCACAUAUGAUGCAGUUCCCCAGCGGUGGUCCAAUGUCUGCGCCACCCAUGCCUCAAUCGAAGCUGUUCUGGGACCCAGCGAACGAUGGCAUGCAAAUGGAUCUAGAUGUGCCUCUGGGUGUAGACCCCUUCGGUCCCACCCCGCAUAGACCGCAGCACGACAUGAACUGGCAAGCGAUGAACCAUCCUUCGGCUAACAUGAUGCAAACCCCAGCGUUCCAGGGCUUCCAAGCUUCUCCCAUGCCAGCGUCGUUUGCAAAUACACCCUCACAGCAGAGACACGGCUCAAGAAAUGGCUCUUUUGUAUAUACAGCUGCAGGUGUCGAUCCCAACAUGCUGCUCAGCUUUUCCAAUCCCGAUAUGACCGGUUCCUUUGGAAGCAUGCCGCAGCAGCCAAUGCUCGACAUGUCCAGACAACCGUACGAGACACAACUGCGGGAUGCAGAGAACGAGAGGGCAAUGGCGAAGAAGGCUAAGAGUCAGCAUUCACGCAGCAACACAGCUUCGUCGUCGGGUUCAGCGGAAAACGCGAGACCUGUGCUUCAACGAAGCAAUACCGAUAGUGGGCCGAGAGUAACCAGAGCAAUGGAUCCUCGGAUAGCAAUCCCAGCUAAUGCUUCGACAAUUCCUCGUCGCUCAUCGCCACUGAAGCGCCAAAGUGGCGGAUCACUGAAAGCGAUACCUGAGAUCAGAAGACCCCGGACACGGCUCAUUAUCGACGAGAGUGGUACGGCUCGCACAGAGACGAUACCCACUGGAGAUGAUGAGACCCCCAGGAAUAGACGGCAGACUUCGCAGCAAGAUCUUCGACGCCAAUACCCCGGACUGUACGAGGAGCAAGACAGCGAGUCAGACGACGACGAGCCAGCUCCAAUCGUCAGCCGCAACCCAUCUUUCGUCAUACCCCAACCCGAACGUCGAGCGACGAAACACGCCCGAGCAGACAGCGGUGGACUGGAACGAGCCAACUCCUUCAAAAUGGCGCGCUCCGUCUCCGCCUCACGACUCGCAUCUGACGCCCUCUCCAAGACCUCUUUCGAAACACUACGAUCAACCCGCCGCUCCGCCGCUGUCGCCGCCGAAAACACCAUCCGUCGCUCCAGCGCCAUGGAGCGCCCCAACCCCCGCGAACGAGACCCCGAAGACACACACAUGCCCGACUCCCCCGGCGACGCACUCGGCGCCUUGAAAAAGGUCGUCGGCGCCCGCCAACAACGCAUCGGUACGCUAGCAUAG